AUGACCAGCGGAUUCGAAGUUAUCUCCUGUGAACACGGCCAUCUUCAGGGUUGGCGGCCGACUGCCAUCUCAAAUGCAGUCCCCCAUGUUGCUCCCAGUGAGGAGAGCCGGUUCUUCGACUAUGUUGUGUGCACCACCAAGAACAUACCCGACGUCGGCCCCUCAGUAUGUGAGAUCAUUGCGCCUGCAGUGACCCCAGGGCUCACUGUGAUUGUUCUCCUCCAGAAUGGGCUGAACAUCGAGAAACCAUUCCUGUCUCGUUUCCCGCACAAUGUUAUUCUCUCCGGCGUGAGUCAAAUCGACGCUCAUGAGAUCGCCCCUGGAGUGAUCGAGCAGAAAGGAAAUGAUCAUUUAUGUAUCAGUGCCUUUCGCAAAAACCAGGUCAGCGAGGACAUUCAACAAAAAGCUACAGAGGAAUUUCUAAGUAUCUACGGUGCAGGACGCAGGACCACUAUCCGCUAUGAGCCAGACUGGGAGCAAAAGCGUUGGAGGAAGCUGGUCUACAAUGCAACUUUGAACCCUAUAUGCGCUCUUACUAGGGUAAAUACUGGCGAUUUACAAAUAUGUGGUGGUGCUCUGGAUCACUUGGUUGUUCCCGCUAUGCAGGAGGUAGUCAAAAUAGCCCGAGCAGUCGGAGUUGAUUUGCCCAAGGAUGUCAUCGAGACAGCGGUCCGCAUGUAUCCGGUCGAAAAUAAGAUAUGUCCUAGUAUGCAGAAGGACAUGCAAAAGGGCAAUCUGGUCGAACACGAGAAUCUGAUAGGUGAGGUGAUUCGCGAGGGACAGAGGCGAGGCAUUCCCGCACCUAUUCUAUCGGUGUUGUAUGAACUCUGCUCGGCUGUUCAGUGGAGGACACGAAAGGAAACCGAAGAGCGUAGCUAG